AUGCUCAAGGCUCAGAAAAAGAAUCCGUUAAAGAGCGACUCUACGCGCAGCGCGGAUUACUUUCGAAUAUUGCAGAAACGACAGGAUUUGCCUGCCAUGCACCGUCAUGUUCUUGAUAGACUCGUCCAUUGUCUGAGCAAGUCGCAAGUUCUUAUCCUCACAGCCGACACAGGCACGGGGAAAACCACGCAGAUCACACAGAGAGUGCAUUAUCUAUUCCGUCACUGGGGUCAGCAGAUUGUCUGCACUCAGCCCCGUCGUCUUGCUGCCCGCAACGUUGCGGAUCGUGUUGCGCUAGAACUUGACAUCAAACUUGGAGAAGAGGUAGGGAUACAACAUCGAAACCUGAGCCUUGUCAGCAAAAAGACCACACUCAAGUUUGUUACCGAGGGCAUCCUCCUUAGACAACGUCAAAACGAUUCUAUCCUUCGCGAUUAUUCUUGUGUCAUCAUGGACUUUUGGCUCGGCGAGUAUUCCGGUGACUGUCAUCCUUACUGGGCUCAUCCUUCUCAUACUUGA